UGGUAAGACACGCUGGCAAUGAAGAGUUAAGUAUAGUAUUAAACUAUUGAGCAAAAAUCAAUUGCGCGCCUCUGCUACAAUAUGUUUCGUAAAAAGACAUUAAUAUUUUUGGCAUUCGCCAUAAGCCCAGUUCUUUGCUUUUAUUUUGAUAUGUCCGAUGCUGAUCCCGGUUUGACUUCACCCUGCCCGCCGUCAAAUCCGAUGAUUGGGAUUUGGAUAGCGGAGGACGCCUCACUGUAUGAAACAGAAGCCAGUGGACCCAUGAAAGGACUAGUCUUAAGAAACGAGAAAUGGACUAGAUCUUGCGUCCGAACGUCAGACUUAAUGGAGCUCCAUUCUAACUUCACGUUCAAAAUGAAUGUCUACCUUCCUAAUGCUGUGAUCGGCACCACUACUCGAAAAAUUCAAAUUUGGCUGGUGCAGGAAGAUGAGGGCGCUCAUAUUUUGACUGAAUUAUCAGGUUCCUCGGCAGCAGGCUGGUAUUUGGUGAGUGCGCCGAUGCCCUUACGACCAGGAAUAACCUAUCCUAGGAAUUACUGGAUUGAAAUUUGGGUUACUGCCGAUGUGGAAUUUGCAGCUCUAAGCUGGUUUGGAGCCUCAGAUGGCCCUUUACCACCUCCUUUUAUUGAACCGUCCACUACGGUUGAACCAGGACCAUACUAUUAAAAAAUUAAGAAUGAAAUGGAAUGUGUAAGAAAAUAAAUACAUCUAAUUUCUUUAAGUCUAAAUUAAGUAAUACUAUACCAGUCACGAUUUUAUAAUAAUUUUUUUUUAAUAUUACAGUUUUGCAUUUUAGAUGUUUUAUUUUCAGCUUCUGAAACUAUUUUAUUAUGCUACAUAUAAUUUUUUUUUCGAAAGCAAUUAGUAAUUUUAAUAAGUGUAUACAAGUGCAUAACACAGUAUCUAUAAUAAAAUAUUGGAAGCUCCCUGAGUGUAACACACACUUAUAUAAAUUAAAAACUAAAACUAGCGCAAGAUUAGAGCGUGUAUUAAAAAAAAAUUACUACAGGAAUGAAAUGAGGAACUAGCUUUUUUGUUAAGCUUUUAUGAAGUGCGUAAAAAGCGCUUACUUAUUCUUAGAAAUUCAAAAUCUUGAUUAGUUUUUUGUGGGGAUUGCCAUGAAUUCUAAAACUUAUAUCUAUCAAGUUAAACAUUUCCCCCCUAAACUUUGUGAUGAAAUCGCAAAAAUUUCAAUCACCUUGUGUGAUCAAUCAAAUCAAAGAUAAUAAAAAUUCUGACGACAAUAGUCGGCAGAAACGUCGCACUCUUAUAUUUAAUCAGAAUGUCACAAAAGGCGCUAACAAAAUAGACACCUCUCGCGCGAAACACACCUACCUUGUGCCUAAUCAGACUGAUGAUGACUCUCUCGCGCCUUGUUCUCUUUUUGGUGCUCGCGGCACGUCCAUCAAUGGGCGAAAUUUUUGAUCUGUCCGAAGGCAACCCCGGUCUUGAAUCGCCUUGCCCACCAGGAAAUUUCCUUCUUGGCUCAUGGAGAGAAGAGGAUGCAUCGAUAUACGAAACUCCUGAAAGUGGACCAUUGACAGGACUUGUUCUAACAAACGAAAAGUUAACACGGUCCUGCAUUCGAACUCCAGACGCCUUUGAGAUUUUAUCAAAUUACUCAUUCAAAAUGAGCGUGUACAUGCCGGAUGCCAAUAUAGGCGCGACAACAAGAAAAAUUCAAGUUUGGCUAGUACAGGAAGACGAGGGUUCGCACCUUUUGACUGAUGUUAGGGGCUCGUCCUCUGCUGGUUGGUACGAAUUUGAGGCUGACGUGCCAGUUCAACCAGGGAUAACGUAUCCUCGAAAGUAUAGGCUUGAAAUAUGGGUCACGGCCGACGUAGAGUUUGUGGCCUUGCGAUGGUUUGGGGUCUCGGACGAGCCCAUUAUUCCGCCGACCCCAAAGCCCACAGACUCUCCAACAACAGAAAUAAUGGAGACCACAACUGAAGAUGAAUUCACGAAUGAAGCAGAGACUACAACUGAGGAGGAAUUCACAACCGAAGCGGAAACUUCAACUGAAGAACAGACCACCACAAGGUUAACGACAACGACCUCAACCACCAAAAGCCCAACGACCACCACCCUCAAAACAACCACGACUUCCGCUCCGACCACUUCGAAAGCCACAACUACGAGCCAAGCGCCGCCGCCUGAGUGCGAAAAUGUUUUUCCAGAUUUUUGGAGUACGAUGUUGGGAAUCGCCUUGGGGGUUUUGUUCAUGAGUCUCAUGUUCUUCUGCUUCAUUUGCUGCUGGUGGUUCUGCGCGAUCAGAAGAAAGGAUUACAAUGAGCCAGAACCCCCAACGUCACUUCCAAGGUUGGAGGUCGUCUCUGGGUCGAGCCAGUCAGGCUCGCAGAAGAGCAUCACUGGGUCUUGGGUUUUGGGCAACAGAAAUAUAGACCCACUUUGGUAUAGACGGAAAAGAUAACUCAUGUGUAGAGUAUUGAUGAAAUAUUUGAUAUAAUUCUAAUUAUUAAAAUAUUGCUUUAAUUGUAUAAUAGUUGUGUGAUUGUAACAAAAGCUCCGAGAUUUGUAAUAUAAAUAAUAUCAGUUUGAAUGCAGAAAAGAAAAGUAUGUUUUGAAUUUGAAAGAAAAAAAUUAAAAUUUUAAUUAUUUUUUCCAAUUUAUUAAA